UAUAAAGUGAAGGUUGACUUGAAGGUCCAUGACUUGUGGUGUUCAGUUUUUUCGUAGACCGGCCACUAGACAGCUUCAAUGUUUAUGGGCAGAAAAUAGUUUAUAUUGGCUACGAUAAAACGGUGGAACCAAUAAUAUAUUUUAUUCAGCUUCUGUGUUAUUUAUGCAGUUUAUGUGUUAAAAAAGGAUUUAUAUGUCCAAAAUGUAUGGUUACGUUUGGAACUCCUGAUUUAUUGAGUCAACAUUUCAAAGUAGAACAUCGAAGUAUCAAUAUCCCAGAAAAUGGAGAAUGCUUAUCUGUAACUAAUCCUGUACUCAAGACACAAGCAGAUCCAAAUACCUCAACUGCGUUUUACGAUCGAAAGAAUGAAAUUCAAUCAAUUGGCGUUUAUCAGUCUCUGACGUCGAAAUUUAUACAGUUGCGGAAAAACCAUGUUAAUCGCAGUUCAUUAGAAACAAACCGUUUGUUAAUACGUUUGGAAAAAUUAAUUGACGUAGCAGAAACACAUGAAAGUGACCGAAAAGUAUUUGAACAAGCCAUUGUACCGUGGAUUGAUGCAAAGGUAGACCUUUGUCCAUGCUGUGGUAAGGGAUUUGGUUUAGGCGCUGAAAUAGCUUUCCCAGAUGAAGAUGACGUGUACUUGAACUCCACAGAAAACAAUGCAAGCAUUUCUAGGUUUUGGCCUAACAAAAUUAGUGUCACUCGUUUAACAAACGCUAUUCUGGACUAUAAUCCUGUAUACCGCAGGCGACAUCAUUGUCGUUUAUGUGGAUAUGUUUUGUGUGCCGACUGCAGUUAUUUUAUUUCUAUACAUAAUGCUCGUGGUCUUCUACAUGCUCUUAACGGACAAGAUUUAUAUCUUUUUCCGGUUCCUUCGAAUGCAUCUGAUACUAAUGAUCAUCCAAAUUACUUACUGGAAUCAGAAGUUAUUUUUCGAGAAGGAAAUAUUUCUACCUCCCAAAACGGUUAUGAGUUGCGUAUAUGUCCUAUUUGUAUAAACAUUUUGAAGAGGAAAAUUAGUAGUUUGAAAACGUUACCAAUCAAUACCCCAAUUAUCCAAAUGCAUAUAGAAUUCAAGGAAUUAAUGAAAAAAGUUUGUGAAUGGAUACCUUCCUAUACCAUUAUUGCUGAGAGUCUAAACUCCGGGGAACAAAAAUAUACGCUAGAAUCUGCUAGAUCUAUGCACUCCGAUUUGUUGCAAGCAUUACAAAAAAUUGAGACACUCGGACGACAGUUUGCAAAAUACAGUGAACCGAAUUCAGAACUUUAUGUCAACAGAGUAGUGGCGCGCUUGACAUCAGCAGUUUAUCGAAGGGCGAGACAUUUUGUCCAAAAUUAUCUCCCACCUUUGCAAACUCUUCCUACACUCAGACAAUAUGAUAACCUUACUUCACAACGCAAGGCUGAAUUGGCAGUUAGAUGGUCUGAGGAAGACAAAGCUCUUGCAGAACUGAUGGAGCGAGUAUCAGGUAAACAAAACUUUGCAAACAUGGAUCCAGCCAUUAAUCCUACUGCCAAAAUAUGGCAAAGGUUUUCCCAACUACCUACUUCGAUGCCCAACACUUAUGAGAAACACCAAGGAAAGAAAACUAAAAUAGAGUACUUAAGUGGUAUAGCGAAUAAGAUGGAUCACGUUGCUGGACAACUGAUGACUGCACACAAAGAAGGUCGACUGCGAACUGCAGAAGAGCUGGCACAAAAACUCAACGAACUCGAACAAGAAUUUCAAAAUAUCAGUUCUAGCCUUAACGACAGUGAACUCCCAAAAUAG